UUGUUUCAAUGCACCUUCGAGACAAAUCCUUCUCAUUCUCUAAUAAUAUCCGGUGUAUCUUUGUAAUGAUACCUGAUCAAAAUUUUUCCAACCAUUAUUAUCUAUAAUUCCAAGAGCAAAGCAAGUACUACACAAAUCUCACAAGAAAGAAAUAUGGGCGUGGACUACUACAAGAUUUUGCAGGUCGACAAGAAUGCCAAGGAUGAAGAUUUAAAGAAAGCUUACAGAAAGCUUGCCAUGAAAUGGCACCCUGACAAGAACCAAAACAAUAAGCAAGAGGCUGAGACUAAAUUCAAACAGAUAUCUGAAGCCUAUGAGGUAACCUUAUCUAUUUUGAUGCAGGUUCUAAGUGAUCCCCAAAAGAGAGCAAUUUAUGAUCGGUACGGAGAAGAAGGCCUUAAGGGCCAAAUGCCACCUCCAGAUGCUGGUGGGGCUUCAUUCUUCCACACUGGAGAUGGCCCAACAACGUUCAGGUUCAAUCCCAGAAAUGCUGACGACAUUUUUUCUGAAUUUUUUGGGUUUUCAAGCCCAUUUGGAGGAAUGGGAGGAGGUGGUGGUGGGAGUGGCAUGAUGGGUGGGUCAAGGUCCUUUGGUGGAAUUUUUGACGAUGAUAUAUUCAGCUCAUUUGGAGAAGGCAGGCCCAUGAAUCGGGUUCCCCGUAAGGCACCUCCUAUCGAAAAAACAUUACCUUGCAGCCUUGAGGAACUCUAUAUGGGCACUACCAAAAAGAUGAAGAUCUCAAGGGAACUUGCAGAUGCAAGCGGGAAAACUUUGUCAGUGGAGGAAAUCUUAACCAUUGAAAUUAAACCCGGAUGGAAAAAGGGGACAAAAAUCACAUUCCCAGAGAAAGGAAAUGAGCAACCAAAUGUUAUUGCUGCGGAUCUUGUGUUUGUUAUUGAUGAGAAGCCUCACAGUGUGUUUACAAGGGAUGGUAAUGAUUUGGUUGUGACACAAAAGGUAUCACUUGCUGAAGCACUAACAGGCUAUACUGUUCGUCUUACAACUCUAGAUGGCAGGGUUUUGACCAUUCCUAUAAGCAAUGUGAUUCAUCCAAACUAUGAAGAGGUUGUCCCUAAGGAAGGUAUGCCAAUUGCAAAAGAUCCUUCAAAGAGGGGUAAUCUUAGGAUCAAAUUCAACAUUAAAUUUCCAACAAGGUUGACCUCAGAGCAGAAAGCCGGAAUUAAGAAACUUCUGUCGCCAUAAUAAAGUGGCAAUCCAAUCAUUGUAAACUUCUGCUCUGAUUCUUAGUUUUCUUUCUCCUCCUCCAUUUUAGAUGGCUAAAAUUUGUGUAAUUUGUGUGUAUUAUGUUAUGUAGAGUCAUCCACCCAAACAAAAUCCGAAAAUUUUUGGUUGAGGAUUGUGGUGUAACAUAUUGAAAUACAGUAGUUAAGGAGUGAUAACCAUUAAGAUAACCCGAUCCAGUACUUUUUUCCA